AUGGCUUCCAGAACUGAGGUCGAAUUGAUGAUGAAGUGUGAAACGGAGUCAGCUUCAUCGCAGCACGCCGAGGCUUCUACUCAAGACCAAGAUGGCUCAGCUUCAAAACGUCUGGAAAUUUCGUCUUGGACACAGCGUACUUUGAAAACGACGACGAGAGGAUUGCUGAUUCGAGGUGAGCAGCCAAAGCUGCUGCAAAUUGGCACCGAAAGUCCGUUGUCUGUACCACAGACGGCAUCAAACGCAAGCCCUUUCACGACGAACGAAGUGACGAGCAUUUGCGAGCCAGCAUCCUUGACCGCAAAAUCAUCACAGACAAGGAAUGGUCCUCCCGACUCUCAAGCAACAUGUCUGCGUGAUGAAACAUUUUCGGUGUCGACGAAGUCCAGCGAGAUAUGGAAAUUUCCUGGUUCUAAGGCCUGGGUGGCUAGGGAGAGCAAGUUUCCUGUACCUUCCCGCAUAGAGUCGAGGUGGCCUGAGCUGAAGAGUCGCCUGCUAUUCGAUCUUCGGGAAGUCGAAGACGAAAUGAUCACGGAACAGGCCAACGAAAAGAGUCGUCUUAAAAGGUCACUAAACAGGCGAAGGAUAUAUCCCGAGCUGAGAAUGUCCGGCCGUCAGGACAUGAACACGCGAUUUUCGGAAAUGGUUACCAUCUCGCCAUGUGUUUGGAUACUCUGUGGCAGCCAAUCAUGUCGGAAAAAGGUUCGCCGUAUUACUGAUACAUUGUGCCUGCCCGUCAAUCUCUUCGAACAACGCCGCAUAGAGGUACACGUCGGCGCUCCUGAGCCUCACGCCAACCAGGGUUUCAUUCCUCUCUCGCGACUGAACAUUCAUCAAGACAACGCCUUUGGCCUGAACUACAUGGGAGGAACUAUUCUGCACCAUCUGGAAGCAAUUUCACCAACUCCUGAGCAUCAGUCCGCUUGCGGUUUAUUGUGCUGCACAACAUUCGUUAAAGACGGAAACAUAAUAACGCAGCACAUCUCUCGUAUUGGAGGUCUACUAAAAAAUCAGUUCAAAGACAACAUUGUCAAUCGUCACCCUAUAGCGUUGACGACUUCACAUGGAAUAUUCGAAGAUCUCUGGACCGAUGGAGUCGAAGUCGAAGGUUUGAAGGAUGGCGAAAUCCCCAGCUUAUGCGAUGGCUGCAUGGAUGAUGAGGGCACAACCAGUUCUGACAUAGAUUCCGACACAGAUUCCCUCCUUGAAUCUACAACAGACACUGUUCCCUGGCGUUCUAGUGGUCAAAAGGGCUUAGGGGAGAGAUGCCACAAUCGGGUGGCGGAGUGGCUUCAUGUAUCUUCGCAGGAAGUCGUCGGGAUCAACUUCGCCGGACAAGUUUUACCGGAACCAAUUUCAGCUAGGGUCAGGAGACCACGCAAGUCUAAGCCUGGGGAUUACACCCUAUUGAGAUCGCGAAAUUUGGCGGACUUGAACAACACCUCAUCGCUAAUUCCCGAAGUUGAAAUUGUAUCCUAUCUAGUGAAUUCAGAUCUCACACAAGGACCCUUAACGGCGGUCUUCGGUGUCGGCGAUUUGUCGGAAACGACUUUGCUUCCUGGUGGUAUGAUGUUACCACUCGGGCAGGAAGAGUUACCAGUACGAAAAAUCGAACUUGUGGCGCCGUUAGCAGGCACGUCGGGCACAUGGUUGAUAAAAGACUCUGCACUAGCUGGAAUCAUUGUUGCAGCUUAUCCAGGCCAACCGCUCGCCUUGUUCGUCACAGCACAAGAUCUACGACAAAAUGCUGUGGAAUCAUUUCCUGAAAUACGUGCGAAUUUUCUUCGCGAGAACAGCACAUUUGUUAUGAACGAACCGGUCCCAAACGCCGGCCGUCCAGCUGCAAUCGAGGGCGGACUCGAUGCCUCAGCCCUGGAGCGUACAGAUGGAACCGGUCUCAAUGACGAGUCUGAGCCGACAAGCUUCUGGUCACGGACUGAAGCAUCCUCCUCAAACUACAUAGAAUCUUAUGGUGGCACUCAGAUAGGUCUGUGA